AUGAAGAACAUCUGGAGCGGGAGCCGCACAUCUGGUCGCGGAGCUCGCCCGCGCCGCUUCACUCCCCUCCUCCCCGCGCCCAGUCACUUCCUGUCCGAGAGCAGUAGUCAGUGUUGUCUUAACCCCCUCGGAGACCGCACUGGGGCUGGAGCUGGGGCGGGCUCGCAGGAGGGGGCAGGUAAAGGGGCACAAGGGCCAGGUACCCACGGCCCCAAUAAAGCCGCGUCCUUGGCCCAGCGGAGCUGUGGUUCCUCAGCGCGUGCGGAGAACGAGGCGGCGGGAGGGGUCCGGAGGGCGGGCUGGAGGCCUCCCCGCCGCCGCCCACCCCCGCCCCGGCUCCGGCCCCGGGCGCUCCCGCGUCCCCUCCCCCGCGCCCGUCGCGGGUCCUACCGAAACUCGGCGGGCACGCAGUGUCGAGACGCCCCCCGCAGGGGCCCCGGGGAGCCGGGCGGAGAGGGAGGUCCCGGAGGUCUGGGAAGAGGGAAAAAGGGAGAAAUUCGAGAAACAAGCCACUCGGGGAGAACCAGACAAACCGGGUUCAGGCGGGGCGGGCGCAGCCGCCAGGGCGGAGCCGGGUCUGGGGCCACGGGGGUGGGGGGCGGGCUCGCGGGCUGGAGGGGGCGCCCCGCCGCGGCGGCUCGGGACCGGGGGAGUGCAGAGCGCCCCAAGGCCCGUGCGCUCCGGCUCCGCCGGGAUCCUCGUGACGCGGCACCCAAGGCCCCCGGCACCGACGGGAGCCCUGCCCCCGAGGCAGAGACCGGGGGCGUCGCACCGGCGGGCGAGGGGGACUCCAGGCGCGGGAAGGUCCCGAGGCCGCGGGUGGGCAGCCGAGCGCCGGCGGGGGGCGGCCCUGCGCGGCCCCGCCCCUCCCGGCCAGCGCCCGCCCCCCGCGCGCCCCGCCCCCUCCUUCCCGCAGCCCCCACCCCCAGCCCAGUUUCCUCAACACAAACUUUCCGUCCCGCUCGCUCCCUCCUCCGCGCCUGGCACCUCCCGCUCCAGCCCGGCUCAUUCCGCACAUUCCGGCCAGCCCCCUCCCCACGACCCCCCUUCCCCGGCCCCCCUCUCAGCUCCCUCGGGCCCGGCGGAGCGGCCCGGCCGGAGCGCCCCCCCGAGCUCGGACCAGGCUCAGGCUGCCCAGUGGGCUCAGGCCCAGAGCCCAGAGCAACCAGCACAAUAGCGUCCAACAGCUGGAACGCCAGCAGCAGCCCCGGGGAGGCCCGGGAGGAUGGGCCCGAGAGCCUGGACAAGGGGCUGGACAACGAUGCGGAGGGCGUGUGGAGCCCGGACAUCGAGCAGAGCUUCCAGGAGGCCCUGGCCAUCUACCCACCCUGCGGCCGGCGCAAGAUCAUCCUGUCAGACGAGGGCAAGAUGUACGGUCGCAAUGAAUUGAUCGCACGCUACAUUAAACUGAGGACAGGGAAGACUCGGACAAGAAAACAGGUUUCUAGCCACUUGCAGGUUCUAGCCAGGCGGAAAUCUCGGGAGAUUCAGUCCAAGCUGAAGGCCAUGAACCUGGACCAGGUCUCCAAAGACAAAGCCCUCCAGAGCAUGGCAUCCAUGUCCUCUGCCCAGAUUGUCUCCGCCAGUGUCCUGCAGAACAAGUUCAGCCCACCCUCCCCUCUGCCCCAGGCCGUCUUCUCCACUUCCUCACGGUUCUGGAGCAGCCCCCCUCUCCUGGGACAGCAGCCUGGCCCCUCUCAGGAUAUCAAACCCUUUGCACAGCCAGCCUACCCCAUCCAGCCGCCCCUGCCACCGACGCUCAGCAGUUACGAGCCCUUGGCCCCACUCCCCCCAGCUGCUGCCUCUGUGCCCGUGUGGCAGGACCGCACCAUUGCCUCCUCCCGGCUGCGGCUCCUCGAGUAUUCAGCCUUCAUGGAAGUGCAGCGAGACCCUGACACGUACAGCAAACACCUGUUUGUGCAUAUCGGCCAGACGAACCCUGCCUUCUCAGACCCACCCCUGGAGGCAGUUGAUGUGCGCCAGAUCUACGACAAGUUCCCCGAGAAGAAGGGUGGGCUGAAGGAGCUCUAUGAGAAGGGGCCCCCUAAUGCCUUCUUCCUCGUCAAGUUCUGGGCCGACCUCAACAGCACCAUCCAGGAGGGCCCUGGAGCCUUCUAUGGGGUCAGCUCCCAGUACAGCUCUGCUGAUAGCAUGACCAUCAGUGUCUCCACCAAGGUGUGCUCCUUUGGCAAGCAGGUGGUGGAGAAGGUGGAGACCGAGUAUGCCAGGCUGGAGAACGGGCGCUUCGUGUACCGCAUUCACCGCUCACCCAUGUGCGAGUACAUGAUCAACUUCAUCCACAAGCUGAAACACCUGCCCGAGAAGUACAUGAUGAACAGUGUCCUGGAGAACUUCACCAUCCUGCAGGUGGUCACGAGCCGGGACUCCCAGGAGACCCUGCUUGUCAUUGCUUUUGUCUUCGAAGUCUCCACCAGUGAGCAUGGGGCCCAGCACCAUGUCUACAAACUCGUCAAAGACUAGGGUGCCUCUGCCCCCCAACAAGGAUGCAGUACAAGCAUCUUUUCCACACACCUGCCUGGCACCCCCGGGGGGUCCAGGACUGAGGACUCUUCCACCUGCCAGGCCUCAGGCCCAGGACCCAGGAGGCCUCCCACCUACCCCCAGCACACACUCCCUGCCACUGUUCUGCGCUUUAAUUGUGGGAGAAGAGAGGAGGGCCCAGCGGAGGGGCAGCCUGCCCAGGGUGCUGACCCACCAUUACUCAGCUCUGCCCAGCCUCGAGUGACCUCAGAGAGGUGGGGAUGGAGGACACCUUUGGGCUGUGGCAUGUGUGGCCACUGGCCCCCAGGGGAGAGUAAUGGGCAGGUGAUGGUAGAACGGAGGCCAAGGGAGUUGGUGUGCAGAGGCCCCAGGAAAGGAGGAUGUUGAGUUGGGGUUGGGUAUAGAAGAGAGGGGCCCACACUUCUUUGCACCUUGUGUGCCAGGCUUGGUGCCAGGCCCCUGGCAUGGCUUGUGCCAUCCUCAGACCCUGCAAAACAAGCAUGUUUCAGACGAGGUGCUGAGAUUGAGAAGUUGAGGGACCCACGGGAGGGGUGGGCAGAGCUGGGGUUCUCUUCCGGGGCUGCCUGUUCCCAGAGCCCAGGUUUACACUACCUCCCUGGAACGGGCGCAGGGAGAGGGUCUGCACUGUGACUGAGGAGUAGAGCCUCCUUGGGGGCAGCUGGGUCGGGGGCCUGGACAGAGUGCCUCCUCCAGGAGUCUCCCCUCACAGGGGAGCAGCUUUUCUGCCCAGGCAGGAAGAGGGAAGUAUAGCAGCUACUAGGAACCUGUUGGGCACCCUCUAUCAGCCCACAAGCCAGCCACGUGCCCCAGUAACCUCCAAGCUGCCCUGGUCCAGAUCGGGAGCCUGAGCCCCGCAGCACCCUGCAGGGGCAGACCCAGGCUCAGGAACCAGAUCAGAUUGAGGGCCAGGUAGAGGAAGUCCUAGCCUCUGGGCAGACCAGGGUCCUGCAGAGAAGGGGCGGCAGAAGGCUUUGAUGGUUUCUCUUGCCCAGACUAGGGGUUGCUAAACCCUUGGUGGGCACAGCUCCCUUAUGUUCUUCCCCACCUCAGCCUCCCUGCCCUGGAGCAGCAGCUCCUCAGACCCAGUUCUCAAGCCCUAGGCCCCUGAGAGCCGGCUUGGCCUGACCAGCAGCCACCUCUGGGUAUUUAUGACUUUCAUAUGAAGUACUGUGCCCCUUUCCCUUCCUUACCUCCUACCCUGCCCGAGCUUCCUGAAGGUCCUCACAGUUUGCAUACUGCUCAGGCCACCUCCAAACCCCACCUAGGUUUUAUAAUGUAUAUUAUAUAUAUAUUUUUGUGUAUUUUUUAAAUUCAGCUGUGAUAGGCUAUAUUAUAAAUGCGGCUCGGGGCUGGGGCAGGGGCCCUUAAGGCCUGGCUCCUGCUCAAAAAAACAAAACAAAAAUUAAAGUUAUUUGUGGGUCAGUUUUGUGACCGGUUGUCUGCCAGACCUUUGGGUUGGAACAGC